AUGUCUCAAAAGAUUUCCCAAGAUCCCCUAUAUCGCUCGAAAGCAGAAUCUGUUUUGGAGGUAACUUUCGCUAUUCUGGUUUGCCUCGCUUCCGUAUUUGGUAAUGUGCUGGUUGUUUAUGUUUUAAAUAAAUACUCCGGGAUGCAAACCAUCACCAACGUUCUUAUUCACAAUCCUGCACUGACUGAUAUUAUCAUGGCGACCCUUAACAUGCCGUUCUGGAUAACGAGCUUGUACGCGGGAAAAUGGAAUUUGAGCCAGGAAUGGUGUGAAGUUUCUGCAACAGUACAUCAUACUAUAGUUAUGGCCUCCUUGCUCACUAUGUGCUUAAUUGCACUGAACAGGUACAUGAAAGUCGUCAAGCGAUCCUUGUAUAUUAAGUUCUUUCCCAGUAAAAGAGCAGCUUGGUUGUACUGUGGUCUUGUCUGGCUGGUUUCUGUGCUAUUCGCCACACCUCCGUUGUACGGAUGGGGAAAAAUGAACUUUGACUCAGAUUUAAUCAUUUGCUCAUUCAACUGGAAGGAAGGACACGUUUCCUUUGUCAUAUUGCUUGCAGGGUUCUUCAACGUGACAAUGGUUGCAAUAUUUUACUCCUAUUGGAAAAUUUACAAAACGGUGAAAGAGAGCACCGAUAAUGUCAACGCCAAUGUUGUAAAAAAUGGCGUCGGCACACCGAAAUUACAUCGAACUGAUAUCGAUGUUUUGAAGAGUUGUUUCACAGUGGUUUGUUUCUCUUCAAUUACAUGGUUUCCUGUAGCUUUAUGUGCUUUUACAAUGGCUGGUGGAGGCUACAUUCCACAUGAACUGACUAAGGUGACUAUGUAUUUGUUCUUCUCUAGUAGUGUUGUAAACCCAAUCAUCUAUGGGAUAAUGAAUCCGCAGUUCAAAGAGGCCUUCCGAAAGGCAUUUAGAUGUGGUCGAUAUCGCAACGAUGAUGGAGAUCAGAGUCAUGCAAGAGUUGCAGCUGUAAUGAAACAUCCGAGGAGCAGUGAGACUUAA